CACCGAGAAAUGGCGCAGUGAUAGACGGUGGCGGAGCGCGUUUGGUGAAGAGGAUUUACCAGAAGAAAAACGGAAGAAAUAUUCAUACUUUUAGGAGUUUUCUUGAAGUGGAUCAUUUUCGAAGUUGUUGAUCUUCCUCUGGAUUAUAGUUGAAACGGAAAUCAUUUUUCAGACUUGCUGGAAGCUUCGAGGAAAAAGGUCGGGCAGAACAAUGAAUCCGCGGCUCCUGUUGUUCGUGUGUCUGCUCUCCCUCGCCUCCGUGCGGGGACAGGUCAGUUACUCGAUUCCAGAGGAAAUGCCCAAAGGAUCGCUGGUGGGAAACAUCGCUCAGGAUUUAGGUUUGGAAAUGAAACGUUUGAUUUCUGGGAAAGCGAAAAUCUACAGCAGGAAUAGCGGAGAAUACGUGGAGCUGAACAGAGAAAGAGGAGUCCUGCUCGUUAAAGAGAGGAUCGACAGAGAGGCGCUGUGUGCGGAGACUGCGCUCUGUGCUUUACAUUUUCAGAUCAUUUUAGAGAACCCGAUGGAACAUUACACGGUGAAUAUCCAUAUUACAGACAUCAAUGAUAAUGCACCAGCUUUUAAAAACGCUGCAAUGAAUUUCAAAAUCAGCGAGUCUGCAGUGAUCGGCGCGAAAUUUGUGCUCGCGAGAGCUGAAGAUCUGGAUGCAGAGAGAAACGGGGUACAAAGGUACGAGUUAAAACCCACUAAUAAUUUUGCUCUAAAACUGCAAAACACCCCAACAGGAACUAAAAACGUUGAGAUGGUUUUACAGAAACCUUUAGAUCGAGAGAAAGAGGAGCAGAUCUCUCUCGUCUUAACGGCUGUGGAUGGAGGAGAGCCGCAGAUGUCAGGAACAAUGAUGAUCGUCGUCACGGUGUUAGACGCUAAUGAUAAUGCUCCAGUUUUUACGCAGCAAACAUACAAAGCUACAGUUACUGAGAAUUCACCUAAAGGAACAAUUGUUGCUGCUGUGACAGCCUCAGAUGCUGAUCAAGGAUCAAACAGCAGGAUUACGUAUUCUAUCAC